AUGGGGAACACCUCCAAAUCAACCACAAUGGGGUACACCUCCAGCUGCACCACAGUGGGGAACACCGCCAAAUGCCCCACAAUGGGUCAACAAUGGGGUCCUACAUCUGCUGUUCCACAAUGGGGUUCAUCACCGACCACUCAUCAAUGGGGUUCAUCACAAGAUGCUCCACAAUAUAUUUCUCUGAGCAAUGUUCAACGUGGAUUUUCCCUAGAAACAGGAGUACAAACUACAACAAAUGAAAAUGAAGAUCAUGUUUCUGAGAACGUUGCCAGAGGAGUAUCACCAGAAUUUGGUUUCACAAACUAUGCUUAUACAAGUAAAACAUCACGUCCAAAAAGAGGAGGGUUAUUCAACAUAUGGGGAUCUGAACGAGAACUAAAUCUAAAUGAAACACAUGAAAGUGAUUCCACAUCAGAUAACUAG